CGCUCCUCCUAACAUAUUGCAUCCCGAGGAACCCUAAGGAUUGCCACGGCCUCGUUCCAAACCUAUACCAAAGCGUAUAGCUCGGCGACCAGUUGAUACCGGGACACGAGGAUUGGCUAUUCAAGAUCAAAUUGUGCGAUUUGGAAAGCGCCUCAUAGAGUGCUGCGAAAUACCCCUUCGGCCAGUGAAAACGAUCUUCUUGCUCACUGAGAUUACUCACUGUGAAGCCCUGACCUGGCAGUGAAAAAGUCCAAUUUGGAGGUGCUCUUUCUAUUUCAUGACCGCCCUAGCCGGACUACGAACGAAGCUUUGAUCUUCCCAACACCACACUCGAAACUUGACUCAACCCACGCAACCGGACCGACACUAUGACUGCGAUACAGUCAGAUCCGCCAUCUCAGCCCUUCCGAUUCUUGGAUCUACCCACAGAAUUGCGCUUCAUGGUGUAUGAGCAGAUUCCCAUCAACAUACAACACACCGUGCUCGAACUUUCUCGCCUCUUGCGCCGCCGGCAGCACCCAGAAUCGACCCGGGAACCCACCGUAACUCUUGUAUCGUAUUCUGCAUCCUUGCCGCUACUUCAGACGUGCCGCACUAUCCAGUCGGAAGCUACACCCUUCUUGGAACGAAAAGUUGAGGCGCUCGGUGAAGAGCCAAUACGGUUCAUUGUGGAUUUGGACGACGCUAAUUAUUCCUUUCCCGCUUUGAACAUUGCGAUAGGAUGUCUGAGAUGGGCAAAGAGGCUCGUGAAUCAGGAGGAUACGGAGAUACGAGAUAUGGCCACAGCGCUGCUCAAUGACCUGAAUGACCCACUCGAACGACGUCUAAGGGCCGAUUCGGCAGACCCGCAAAUCCUGGAAUCCUUCCUUACCUUCUUCGCACAUCAUCUUGCAGAAAAGAUAGGAUACCUCCGCUCUCGAGAAAUCCAGCAGCAAUUUCCAGAGUUCGAGAUCGCAAUAACGCUCCACCCAUCGAACUGGGGUCCACCCGACUUGGCCUUCUGCAUUCUCGGCUUACACGAUUAUUGCUUUCAAAAGCAGAUACGGUGCGGAGUUAUGACGAAGGGUGCUUGGAUUGAAAAAGAUAUGGUUUCGGUGGGGAACUUGAGGCGGGACAUUCGGCGCGAGAUUGACCGUGGGAAGCCGUGGAUCCACGCGCUCCGCGAAUUGGACGGUGAGGAGUGGACGCGAAAUUGGGGUGGUAAGGAUGCUUGAAGAUGUCUGCCUCAGAAAUCGACGGACAUGGAAUACUUCUCUUUGCAUGGCAGCGCGGAUACUUGAUAGGACA